CCUACACCUCUUCACUCCUCACCUCUUCAAUCACGACCAUGGCAAAGGAACUUGUCCAAGAUGACCGCUAUGUGGCCUUGACUCACGAUUUGCUUGAUGUCAAAUCUAUCAUGGAUCGAGUACGAAGUCCUAAGGCUGGGGCGAUUGUUCUGUUUGCUGGUAAUACGUCACCUCGCACCUCAAGCUUUGCCUUUCUUUCCAUUUCCUUUUCCUCUUUGCUUUUGGCAUUCUGAUCAGAAUCAAGGCACCACUAGAGACAACUUUGGAGGAAAGCCCGUGAAAGAGUUACAGUACACCUCUUAUGAGCCUCUCGCCUUACAGACCAUGAUGGGCAUCAGUCAGUCAAUCCAAGAAAAGCAUUCUCUGACGGCAAUCGCCAUGAUCCACCGACUGGGAACUGUACCGAUUGGCGAAGAGAGUAUUCUGAUCGCGGUUUCGUCUCCUCAUCGCCAAGCGGCAUGGAGAGCAGGCGAAGAAGCUCUGGAAGAAUGCAAAGCAAAGGUCGAGGUGUGGAAGAAGGAAGAAUUCGGGGGCGAUGAGGGUGGUGUCUGGAGAGCAAAUCGUGAUGGUGCCGCUGGUGUACGAAUCGACCAGAGCAAUCACGAGGAACCAGCUCAAGGACCUCAUGGUCCAAUUCUGCGUCCAAAAGUGCUUGGUGAGAGAGGACAUGGACCUGUUGUCCACCCAGGCAACAUUAAGAAAGAUUGA